CACGGCCGUCGCGACGCUUCAGGAUUAACAACAAACAAGUGAGAAUCGUCGCCACUAGAAGGGCUACACGCUGCGCGCCAAGUUUUGACAAAAAAAAAUGUAAACAGCAAAAUCGAAAAUGUCAUCCCAAGAAGACAUAAACGCAGAAUCGCCCAUCGAAGCCAAGGACAUUUUCCAACCGAAACAGGAAACACCGAAAAUAAUUAGAGUUUUAACGGUUAUCGCCUACGCGCUUAGCGUUUCUAUGGCUGCCAUACUCUUGUCUAUCUAUUACAUAUUUAUAUGGCAAGGACGUCCACACAUUGGGGCCCAAACUGCUAUAGGAUUUUAUGAAAAUGACAAUAUUACAAGCGAUUACAUAAUUAAACCUGAAGAAUUACCCCCAGUUUUUUCUAUCAAAAAUGAUUUUCUGGAAUCCAAAAAUGAAAUAGAUUUAAGUUUAAACGACACAGAAGAAUUAACGAACUCGAGUGGUGCAGAAGUAAGGAAAUUAGAAAAUCGAACUCACUCUCCCAAAGUUCGCCUCCACCGGGCAGGGAAAAGUGCAAGCGUGGCUCUAAAACUCGUCCGCAAGUUUUUCGCCUUCCUCAAAAGCAUGUCGUACACCUCGCUGAACGGUUUCAAGAACAAGUUGGAGCAGAAGCCGCCUGUUCAGACGUGUCCGGACACGACGGUCAAGCUGGCCGGAGAGGAGGCGAAGGACAAGCUCUACGAGCCCAAGCACAAGAAGAAGGUCGUGAGGGUGCUUACGGUCAUUGCGUACAUUUUUUUCGUCUCGCUGGCCGCUAUCAUGUUGUCCAUGUACUACGUGUUUUUGUGGAACGGCGAUUCCAAGUUCGAGACGAAAGUGGUCUCCGUUAGGAUUGAGCAAACGCCGCUUCUGGAGCAGUUGGUCGAAGCUCAGAAUCAGUUGAGGUUGUUGCAGGAAAAAUAUGACGUUUUGCAGAUGAGGUGUAACGAGGUUUUUUCAGACAUGCGGCAACAAAUGACAUCAAACGAAGUAAACCCGGAAGAAGCGACGACAAUGUUGCCAAGCGUCACAUCAACCCCGGAAGAAGCCGAAGAGAAUGCAACAUGGCCCGUAUACUACUACGAUCAAAAGCGAAAAAGAUCAAUUUUUAUCAAGAAAAUCAUGAAUUUCAAGCACAGCUAUAACGAGUUCACUAAGUAGAUUCAAUUAUGGUGGUUGAAAAGGUCCAUUUAAUAAUUACUCAAUAGUUAAUUAUUAAAUUAUAAGACUGUAGAGUUGUAGAAUUUGUUAUAAAAUUUUCUAUAUUAUCGAUAUGAGCAAGCAAAAUAUAUAGCUAACACUACAGAAAAUAAUAGUUACUUAUGUAGUAAUAGCUUUUAAUUUGUAUUGUAUUUGUAAAACAAGUUACUUAAAAUUGAUAUUUUGUCACUGACAAUAAAUAUAAGAUUUCGUGUUUUGAAAAAAUACUCCUUAUUAUGUAAUAAUAACACUACUAUUA